CCACAGUAUUAACACUCGAGUCUAGAAAUUUCAGCGAAGAAAAUCAAAGUAAAAACCGCCACUCCACAAUGCCAACAACAUUAUUCACAUUUGCCACAACAAUCACCGUAUUUUUGGCAAUUUCAUGGUCUGCGCUGUCCAUCGAGACCUACGAUGAUUAUCAAAAUCCCGAACAUGCCGAUUUUAUCGAAGGAGAUAUAAUGCCAGACUUCCCCACACGCAAUGGUUAUCCCAAUCGAAAAUGGUUUAAUGGAGAAAUUAAAUAUGUUUUCAGCAGCAAUUUCACUGAAGCUCAAAAGGAACCCAUUCGCCAGUGCUGUCGAGAGUUGGCAAAUCGUACUUGUGUUCGUUGCCGUGAAACUAUACCUCUAGACAUUGGUUUUGUCUACUUCAAAAAUGAGCCAAUCGGUUGUUUCUCUCAGAUCGGUUUCCAGCACUCAUGGUACCAGAUAAUUAAUUUAGGACCCGGUUGUCUGAAAAAUUACAUUCUGGUUUGUCACGAGAUCAUACAUGCUCUGGGCUUUGACCACAGCCACAAUGCCUACAAUCGGGAUGACUACGUUCGAAUUAAUUUCGAAAAUAUCAAGGAAGGACAGGAACAUAAUUUCCUCAAAAAAAAUGACACAUAUGAUUGCCUAGUGCCGUAUGACAGAGAGAGUACAAUGCAUUAUGGCCCACUUACCUUUUCGAAAAAUGGCCUGGAAACUAUAACACCAUUGGAUGGAAACUAUACGGGUAUGGGACAACGCAAAGAACUGAGGCAAUCGGAUAUUGACAAAAUUAAUAGAAUGUAUUGCUUUAAUAAUUGUACGGCAACAACGAAUACCACCACAACAACAACAACCACAACCGUGGCUACCACCACAACAUCGGAGGAGCCAACAACAAUUGUAUAGGCCAGCAAUCUAUGCCCGUAAUUUAUGUAAUUUAGAAGUUAAGAAAUUCCCUGCUAAGGAUGUAAUAAAAA